GUUACUAUCCUGCUUCUGGCGGAUCUCUCUGGCCUCACCCAUGGAGCACCCUCGGAUGUGGUGGUGGAGAAGGCGCCCGAGGAUCAGGCCAUUGACAAGCCCCAACAGGUGCCGGUCCCGGAUGGGGACUUCAAGGUGCCGGAGGACUGCCAUCAGCCCAAGGAGACGGGACGCUGUUUUGCCCUGUUCUAUCGCUACGCCUACAAUGUGGAUACCCAAUCCUGCGAGGAGUUCGUCUAUGGCGGCUGUGCCGGCAACAAGAACAACUUCGAGUCCAAGGAGCAGUGCGAACAGGCCUGUCUGGGCAGAUCAGUGGACUCCACCAUUACCACCACAGAGCAGCCUUCGGAUGUGACCACCGAAACGAGCACUAAGGCUUAAUAAUAUUAAUAUUUUAAUUAGUAUGUACUCUAGAGGAUUAUUUGUGAUCAAAACUGCGACAAACAUGUUAGAAUUAAGAGUUGUUUGUAUGAAUAAAUUUAAAAUAAAGUGGAAA